AUGACAACUGCUACCGCAGAUAUCCAUCCCGAGCCCACGCAGCCAACGCAGAAACUUUCUGUGCUUGAAGGCCCUGUCGACCCUCCUCUCGUCGACCUGACACUUGGCGAGCUCCUCGAACUGCAAACCUAUCAGCAUGGCAACCAGGAAUGUCUGGUCAUCCCAUGGACGGGCGCUCGUUGGACGUAUAAUGAGCUCAACCAGCAAAGCUCUUCCUUGUCGCAGGCUUUGCUAGACAUGGGCAUUGGAGUUGGCGACCGAGUCGCAAUCAUGGCUGGCAACUGCGAGCAAUACGCAGCUGUCUUCUUUGCCGUGGCCAAGAUCGGCGCAAUCCUCGUCAUUCUCAACAACACCUACACUCCGACCGAAGCCAUGUACGGCCUCAAGUUCUCCGACAGCAAGAUUCUCUUCACAACACCACGCAUCGGUCGCCUCGAUCAGACACAGCUGCUACAGCAGCUCGAAAAUAAGAAAACGUCCCCCAAGGUCGUAAUGCUGAGAGGGGAUGAGUCGGGCAAGUACCAGACCUACGACGAGCUCGUAAGUGCUGGUCGCCGACAAAAUCACCAAAGGCUCUAUCGCGCCAUGAGCAAGGUGCUGCCCCAUCAAGUGGUCAACCUUCAGUUCACAAGCGGAACAACGGGACUGCCCAAAGCUGCCAUGCUCACUCACCAUAACUUGGUGAACAAUUCGCGCUUCAUCGGCGACCGUAUGCGACUGAGCUCGGUCGAUGUCCUGUGCUGCCCUCCUCCCCUCUUCCAUUGCUUUGGCCUGGUGCUCGGUCUCCUCGCCAUUGUCACACACGGUGGCAAGAUUGUCUAUCCUGCUGAGGUCUUCGAUAUUCAAGCGACUCUCCAGGCGAUCUCUGACGAGAAAUGCACCGCUGUUCAUGGUGUCCCUGCCAUGUUCGACUCGUUGUUCCAGGCCAAGUGGCCAGAGAACUUCAAUUGCGAUAACCUGCGCACUGGCAUCAUCGCUGGUGCUCCCGUGCCGCGUUACCUCAUGGAACUUCUUGUCAACCGUUUUGGCAUGACCGAGUUCACCAGCAGCUAUGGCCUGACCGAGGCUUCUCCAACUUGCUUCAAUGCAUUCACUGAUGAUUCCAUUGACAAGCGGCUGACCACUGUCGGAACGUUGAUGCCUCAUGCCAAGGCCAAGAUUGUUGACCGUGACGGCAACAUUGUGCCCCUCGGCAGCCGAGGUGAAUUGUGCAUUGGCGGUUACCAGCUUCAGGCUGGGUACUGGAACAACUCGGAGAAGACCAAUGAGACUAUGAUGCGGGAUGCUUCAGGCGUGUUGUGGCUGCACACUGGUGACGAGGCAGUGUUUGAUGAGGCUGGAUAUUGUUCCAUCACCGGCCGUUUCAAGGACAUUAUCAUUCGAGGUGGAGAGAACAUCUACCCGCUCGAGAUUGAGGAGCGCCUCAUGGCCCAUCCCAAUAUCUCUCGAGCCAUCGUGGUUGGUCUCAAGAACAAGCACUAUGGCGAGGUUGUGGGUGCUUUCGUCGAACUGGCUGAGGGUCACCAAAAGCCCACGUUCGAGGAGCUCCGUGACUGGUGCCGCAAGAGACUUGGUGGCCACAAGUCGCCGGCCCACGUCUUUUGGCUGGGCCAUGACGACGUGCCAGCGACGGUGCCUUUGACUGGCAGCGGCAAGGUGCGCAAGUUCGAGAUGGCCAAGCUCGGUGACGAGCUUCUUCGAAAGCAAGCGAAUACCUCCAAGUUGUAG